GUGAAAACUAUGUGUGGACGAGUUGACUCAAUUUGUGGACGAGUUGGUUGUGGACGACACGGUUUGUGGACGAAGUGACUGGAUACCGCACGUGCAAAUGUUUCCCUGGUCCACAACAUGAAUAAUUACGGGUUGAGCACGCAAGUUUUUUGGUUUGUGAUAGAGAACGGGUUAAAAAUACUUCAUUCGCGAUGAUAUUGUAUUUCGGGAUAGGGACAAAACUUGCGAUCAGUGCAUUUGCAAGGAAUGAAUGAUACCCAAAUUAUGCGCACAAGAUGAAACGAAGAGGAGGGGAGACUUCUCAUGCUGAACGAAAGCUGGCAGGGAUUUUGUCACGUCCCAAGAGAUAGGGGAUAUUAUCAUGCUAGCUUAGAUACUUUGUAUUCUUUCGAGCAUUCCUCGCGUGUGAAGCCGCCUUGGGAAUAAAGUUCAUAGGAAAAAAAAAAGAUAUUAUAUUCACUGGUUUCUUCAGCGCUUAGUUCUAGCCAUGCUGAUCUCGUCACCACUAAGAAGAGGAAUGGUACUUGGCCUGUUGCUCGCUAUUUUAGCGCGUGAGACCGCUGGCAACAAGUUCCGCGUUCGUCGGGAUGAUGAAGGGACAUGCAAGUAUGAGGGAUACAAACCUGGCGGAGGAAUACCAAACAUUAAGGAUAUCCAAUCGCCCGUAUGCAAAGGUUUCUCAAGAACUCUGACUUUUGUCUCCGGUUUGUUGGCUAAUGCUGGUAACGGCGCGGCAAAAACUAUGUUUAAGGUAGCUGAGGUAGUUCAGAAGGGCGCCAAAGUAGCGAAGAUCCUCGGCGGAGCGUUUGCAGCCUUCGGGGCGGCGUUUGAAAUGGUUUCAGCACAGUCCAAACCAAAGCCGGACGACAUCUUAAAACAGGUUGACAAAGCGUUUGAUGCGAUAACAAAAGACAUCAAUGACCGGCUAAAGGACAUGGAGAAUUACGUUGAUGCGAAAGUACUCGGGCUAGAGACGAAAUUGGUCAAUAACGAAUUUGCUUCUCUAAAGAAAUUCCUGACAAACUGUAUGCACGAGACAACCGAGCGCGCUGUACUCAAAUGUCAACAGGACUCCGUUCGUGAUAUUGAUGCAGCGUCGCCCAAGUUCGAGGUUUUCAAGCGGGAUUUUGAUAGAGGCCAAAACAAUCUAAAUCCGGACCAAAUACGGAGGCUCGAGGCUGCCCUGAUUCCAUUUAGGGAUUACGCAAGUCUGCACCUCUUCGCUCUACAAACACUUAUCAACGCAUACAAAGAUGCCCCAGACACUCAGGAGAAAAACAACCGGCUCAAGCUCUACAUGGACACAUUGUACAAGCAAGGUAUUCGGUAUAACAAGUAUGCUACUUGGGCCUAUGAGCGGAUCUAUUACAACCAGGUUAAAAUUCAUUUGAAUGUGGAAAGGUAUAUACUGGAUAAGCAAGUGCAAAAUGUGAUGGAAGGCUGGGCCAACAAGGUGAACACAGAGAAAAGAUCUCAGUCAAGCCCAACUGCCUAGACGGCGACAAACACGCCAACAUCAACAAGUGCUUGUACAAGUACUCCAUGCGAGUCGAUGGAAAGGCUCUCCACCGCUAUCCUGUACGCGAAGCGCCAGUCUCCAACAAAGACGAAGCCUUAAAAUACUUCGCUGAAGUUGAUUCUAGAAAAACAUGCUCGGGCUACAUUAACUCCUUAAAGCAUGACUUGACUAUUUACUGGAAAAAGGAACUUCUCAGUCUGGCCGAGAUCUGGAAUAAGGUUGCAAUGAAAGCCAGGGCUGAAAUCAAGUUGAUUGCAAAGGGUGCGUUCAAAGUCGAAAGCGCCGGCUCAAACGUACAUGGUACGGUCCUAGGUCACGUGGCCGGAAAGCCGAUAUACUGCGAAGUCAGGUGUGACAUGGACAGCGUGGCGUCCGAUGAGCCUCGGGAUGCUGACAUCGGUCACCAACCGGAAAUUGUGAGGAAGAAUAUCUUGCCACGAAAUACGGGAAUUGACCGGGACGAUGCACCGAAAGAGGGUGAGCUUGAACAACCGGUAGAGGAUGAGCUGGUUAAAGAGAAAGCGGAAGAGAGUGAUCGACCGGAAGUGAUUAAAGCGAUGGGCGAUGGUGGUAUGAUGACGUCACCGGAGCUGGAUUCACCUUUGAUCCUCGGAAAGCCUUUCAUGUGUAGGGUCGUAUGUAAUGAAUCGUAAUCAAUGCUCGUAUAAUGAUAGGCUGCUAUCAAUAAGCAUAAUAAAAUAGUACAAGGGUCCUUGUUUAUAUAGGACUUGCGCUGAGAGAUUACGUGACCUUUUGGGUGGCAAAUUCAAGCCAAAUAAAUACACCCGUCACCGCACCCAAAAAGGCACGUGAUCUCUUUGCGCAAGUCUCCUAUUUCAUAUUCUGCAGUAAUUGAUUAUUUACUGUAUACCAGGCUUACAUAAUAGUUUAGAUAUUAGAUCCAAACUCUUCUACCUAAAUCAUAAAACUUUGCCGGUGCUAAAUAGUAAAUGGAAAAUGCCCUUGUAAGACAGAAUGACCUCUGCUUAUUGUAUAAUCACUAUUAUUAGUCGUGUUUACGGUAAUAAUGUAAACAGUUAGUAAUUGUGUGACAUGUGUCUAAGUCUUCCUGUGUGUAGUAUUCUAAAUACAACUCAAUACUUUAUGCUGAA